AUGUCCACGCCCGGCCUGGCUUGGAACCCGCUGCAGUGGCCGUCGCGGCUGACCCUGCGCUAUGCCGCCAUCAUCUUUGCCUCGCUGUUCCUCCUGGCCAACUAUGCGCUGUGGAACGACUCCCGCUUUUGGGAUCGCCGAACCGCCCGCAAGACGCUCCAGCAAGCCGCCGGCACGCUGAAGCACCCCGUCCGGAAGCUGAUGCUCGACGCCAAAGCCCACCACGACGAUCUCGUGGCCAGACAGAGCCACCACCUCGCGUCGGCUGCGGCCCGCUACCGAGAGCGGCGAGGCCGGCACCCUCCCCCCGGCUUCGAUCGCUGGUUCGAGGCCGCCCAAAAUUGCAGCGCCGUCGUCGUCGAGGACUUCUUUGACAGGAUCUACAAGGACCUGGCCCCGUUCUGGGCCCUGGAUCCCGCCGAAACCAGCAGGCGCGCCAACGCCUGGCACCACGUCGUCAGGGUCCGCAACGGCACCGCCCGCGGGGACGGCGACACCACCGACCGCGUGCCCUGGCUGCAGCUCUGGACCGACCUGGUGGCCGAGGUCGCCGGCUUCCUGCCCGACGUCGACAUGCCCAUCAACUACAUGGACGAGCCGAGGCUGCUGGUGCCCCACGAAUCCGUCGCCAAGCUGGUCGACAAGGCGGCCACCGAGAGAACCAUGGUCCACGUCGAGGAGGCCACGACGAGAUACACGGACCGCGCGGACGUGGAUGCCGCCAAGGCGGAUCCCUACGACCCAAAGUGGUACGGGCCGAGCGAGCAGUACUGGAACCUGUUCGUCAAGACCUGCGGCCCGGACACGCCGGCCCGCGACGUCGAGCAGGUGCAGGACAUGUCGGGCCCGGCCGAGUUCCCUCGAGACUACCGGCCAAAGUACGCGCUCAACGGCUACGUGCAGAACAGCACGGCCGCCGCGGAUCCCUGCUGGCAGCCGCACCUGCGCCAGCUCCACGGCUCCUUCAUCGAGCCCAUCAGCCUGUCGUCGACCGAGGAGCUCAUCCCCCUCUUUGGCGGCUCCAAGCUGCUCGCCAACAACGAGAUCCUCAUCCCCGGCGCCAUGUACCUCGACCGGGGCGACUUCUACUCGGGCGGCGAGUCGCACGGCCCGUCGUGGGAGCGCAAGAAGGACGCCGUCGUCUGGCGCGGCGAGGGCUCCGGAGGCCGCGCCAAGGCGCACAACUGGCACCACUUCCAGCGCCAGCGGCUCGUCCACAUGCUCAACGGCACCGUCGUCGCCGACGCCGAGCGGACCGGCGUGCGCGCCAAGACGUUCCCGCUCCCCUCGGCCGACCUGUAUCCCAGCCCGCGCCUGCACAACGGCAACCUGGGCCCCUGGAUCCGCCGGUUUGCCGACGCCGCCUUUGUCCGCCUCUGCCCCCCCGACGAGUGCCCCUUUUACUUCGACACCUUUGCCGUGCGGGAGCACCUGCCCAUGGAGAAGCAGUACGAGUACAAGUUCCUCCCGGACGUCGACGGCAACUCCUUCUCCGCCCGGUUCCGCGGCUUCCUCCGCUCGACCAGCCUGCCGCUCAAGGCCACCAUAUACGCCGAGUGGCACGACGACCGCCUCGCCCCCUGGGUGCACUUUGUGCCCCUGGACAACACCCUGCAGGACCUGUACCCCCUGCUCGACUACUUUUCCGACCGCGGGGGUCCGGGUGACGCGGCGGCCCGCCUCAUCGCCGAACAGGGCCGGGAGUGGGCCGAGAGGGUCCUGCGCCGGGAGGACAUGCGCCUCUACGUAUGGCGCUUGCUGCUCGAGUGGGCUAGAGUCUGCGACGGCAACAGACACACGCUGGCCUAUGUCGACGAUUUGAAGAGGGCGUGA